UCUUAUACAUGAUAAUUUUACUUUGUCUAAUUUUGUACAAUGUUGCAUACCUUUUGUUGGAUUCUGAGUUGAGUUUGAAGUAUGAAUUGAAUUCAAGGUAUGAAGUGACUUUGAAUUUGAACUUUAAAGACUUGGUCUUAAAACACAACGAUUUUGAAAUUUUCUAUUUGCCAUUAAUAUUUUUAUUUUCUUUUCAAUUUUUUGUACUAGCUUGCUCUAGCUUGACAAGAUGGAAACCAGCAUCCCAAAUAUGUCCGGACAACCCUCAGAUACCACCCGGGAAGUAAGGGAUCAGACUGUUCAGGGAACAGAAUCCACAGAGUCCCCAUCAAGUAUGUUUUGGGAAGUAAAACAUGAGAUAGAGGAGAAAAUAGCUUCAGGUGGGGGAAUGAGAGCUGGCAUUUUUGGAUUAACAAAUAACAGCAAUGAAUGCUUCAUUAACGGGACCAUACAGUUGCUGCUAGCUCUUCAAAAUUUAGUAGAAAUUUUCGCGAUUGCCAGCAAUCAAACGUCACAAACUGGCAUUUUUGGAUUAUCAAAUAACGGCAAUGAAUGCUUCAUUAACGGGACCAUACAGUUGCUGCUAGCUCAACAAAAUUCAGUAGAAUAUUUUCGCGAUUGCCAGCAAUCAAACGUCACAAAGGGGAUUGUUGGAAUUAUCGGUCAAGGAAAUAAAUUGUAAUAACCAACUGUUACGAGGAGAGGAAUGCGCGAGACCCAACAAGAAUAAAUGGCUCCUGCAGGAUUCUAACAUUGAGAAAUUGCAGCAAAAAUUGGCA